UGUUAUACAUAUGCAGUCCAUUUACAAUAAGUUAUAAUACUUUUUAUGCAUGUGAAUUAGAUAUGCCACAAUAAGCAAACUUAAUGUUUUGGCUUGUUUACAACAAGUUCAAAAUUUUCUCACUGAUAAAAUGGAUGAUAAAGUGGAAUAAGGAGGUGCUUCGAAACUAAUUGUAUCACAUUAUAAAAUUAAACUGAUGAUUAUACAUGACAUUGCACGUUAACCACUAAUGGGAAGAAAGUUUCGUAUGGGUAAAAAAGAUUAUGCACACACAAAUAUAAACUAGACUGACGUAAAGAUGACAACAAUUAGUAACAACACAAGCAGAUUCGUAAGACCUGAGUGCUUCCUAACUUUUACAGAAGACAUUUUAAAGAAUAACAAUGGGAACAUGUUGACUGUAUUCUACAGUUUUAACAUGUUAUUCGUUUUUGUGAUGAAUACUGCUUUGAUUAUUGGCUUAGUACAGACAAAGAAUAAAACCAUGACCCGAUCAAAUAAGUUAUUUAUAUUUUUGUCAGUUAGUGACUUAUCAGUCGGCUUGGUGUUAAUGCCACUGUUGCUCUAUCAUCUGCAGAUUUCACCAAAUAUAUCAUGUUUAGAAGUUGCAGUACGAGCAUUUUGGAUAACAUUUCCUGUCAUUUUAUCUGGUACUCAUAUUCUUCUGAUAUCUGUUGAUCGUUAUUUGAUGAUUGCGAUGAAUAAUUGGUAUAAAAAACGCUUUACAGAUAAAGUAGUGCUUUUGUUAAUUGUAAUUGAAGUUUUGAUUGCGUUUUCUUGGGGUUUUGGAUAUGCGUUCAUAACACAAGGAAUGGAUUCAAAAAAGACAGGAACAUAUUUCAUUUGUCUUGGAAUUUUUGAAGCGAUAAUUCUAACCUUAGCCAUGAAAAUAAACUUAAUGGUACGAGCAACUGUUUACGCCACUACAGCGAAAACUGCAACAUUACAACUAAAUCAAAAAAAUUACAGUAGAAGAUUGUCUGCCACCAUUCUGUUCAUAACAAUAUCGCUCGUAAUAUGCUAUAUGCCAUCAGUCAUAGCGCUAAUUGUAACAGGAUGUUUUUUUCAUUAUUAUUCUACCAACCCUACAUACAUAAGAAAUAUAAUCAUUGCUUUAAUUUGGAGCCUUUUACCUGCAUCAUUGAACUCUGGUUUAAACUCGACCAUUUAUGUUUUACGAAAUACAAGAAUUAGAAAGUAUUUUAAAUCACUUAUUUAUGGAGAAGAAUCACAAGUCCAUGAGCACUGCUCAACAACAAUGGCUUCAAAAGAACAUGCUAAAAUAAACUCUGAACCGCAAAAGUUAUAUACUAGUGAACUCUAACAAAAACAUAUAGAAAAUAUUGUUGGAUAAUAUUUCACUUGCUGAUGGCAUUGACGUUUUAUGGUAGUAGUUCUUCGUAUCCAGCCAUUUGUUUGUUAAAACAUAGUCUUCGACAUAAACAGAUUUGAUUUGCCAAGAAAAAUGCUUAUUUUUAUAGACUAUAAUUUUUAUUUGUUUUAUAACAAUACUAAUUUAUCAUAUUUUUAGGAACAACAGCUGUGUAACUAAACUUAGUUUUGUAUAACUCUUUUUUUUGAAACAAGUAUUUUUUUCUAUAUAAUAAAAAUAAUCUUUGUGAGAUAAAUAUUAACUCUAUAGAUAUUAACCCUAUUGACUUCAAAUAUCCGCAAGUAAAGGCAGCAUUACUUUAUUUAUUUAAAACGUUAAGCAAAGUGAAAAGGCCUUAAUUCUACUAUGAAUUGUUUAUGUCCUACCUACCUGUAAUAUGAAUCAGAUGGUUUUUAAAUUGAUUUGGUGGCAAUUUGGUAUUUUGGAAUACAAUAACAUAAUUCUGGUAUAAUAUCAUAUACCAGAAUAUAAAAUCAACACCAUAUACUUUCCUCGGUACGAAUCAAUUUUUGAAAUGGACUGUUUCAAAAGGCUGUCGAAUCGAUAACUGUACUCACUUGUGGGAAAAACUGAACAAAGGGGAAUUCACUUCUGGCCUGUUAAAAUGUUAAAAAUAAGUAAACUUGACAUUUUAUUCUGAUAUCUGCAUAUCUUUCUUAAAUUAUAUAAAAGCAACAAAUUGUUUCCCACACUUAAGUCAUUAUAAGAUAUCACUCAUGAUACUUUAAGGAGUUCAAUUCAUAUUUUGCAUAUUAGAAGCACACCAGGGUCAUUUUAAAGAUAUGCAUUCCAAACAGAUUUGACAAAAAGGCAUGAAACAAAAAGACACAAAAUUACAGCCAUUUGAAACCAAUGUGUUUACUUUUAGGCCAAGGAAAAUUAAUUAUCUGCUUUGUGUGAUAGCCAUUAAAAAACAUGUGCAGUGACCACUUAAAAGUGCACACCUGCUGACAUUUUAUGAACUAAAAAAAAUCAAAGGCCACUUUUUAUAACUAGAGAGAGUACCUCUUUAAAAAAUACCUUAAAAGAUGAUAUGCAAUGAUACAUAGCUAUAAAGGUGACAUGCUGAUUUCAGCCACUGGAAUCCCCCAAUAAAAAAAUAGGCAUAGGUGAUCUGAGUCGAGUAAAAAUUAUGUAUUUCAUUCCAAACUGAACAUAGUUUGAUUACAGGGUUCCCACUCAUUUUGCAAGUACUUUUUUUAGCUGUUUUUUUACGAGAUUUUUUCAAUAAGCAGGGAAAAGACAUACAAAAAUUUAGGAGAUUUUAGGAGAAUUUAAUAUAGCAUAACUGAUGCAGAAUAUAAAUAUUUCUGACUUAUAUUUCACGAAAAAAUCCAUUAUAUAAAUAUAGUUUCAUAAAUAAAUUGUUCUCUAAAGAUUUAGGAGAUUUUUAUGAAUAUUUGCAAACAAUCAGGAAAUUUUAGGAUAUUUUAGGAUUAAUUAGGAGGAUUUUAUUUUUUAGGAGGCGUGGAAACCCUUGGUUAUUCAAAAAAGUAAAAUUUGGUUUGUCAGUUAUUUCAAGCUUUAGCCUACUUUUUCAGCAGCCUGGUUAUCUUUUCUCUCUGCACAAUACACACCUGUUAAUUCAAAAAUAGUAGGAAGCAGAAAAAUAUGUUUUGAAUAAACAAAAGUUCAACCAGUAAACAGAAGAGUUUCAAAAGGCAAGAGCAAGACAUCUAUAUUGUUAUACCUGUAUAUGUCUGUAUGUGUGGCAAAGUAUAGCUUGUUAUAUAAUAUAUAUAAAAGUUUCUUCUCUAAGAAUGGAGGAUUUUUAGAGCUAUAGCCAAAGAAAUAACCUUUGCCCAGUUUUUUGAAAUACCUAAGGAUAUGGUUGCAUGAGUCAAAGUAUACCAAGUUUCUUCUAAAUUAAAAGCACAUAAUUACAUUCUUCUAUCUGUGAAGUCUGUGUAGUGAUAUAGCCAUUUUAAAUGUCUCUUUUGGAGCUUUGGAGCUUGUAAAUGCUGUGCAAUUGAGAAAUAUUUGAUUUUUAUAAUGUUCUAAAGUUUAGGGAAUUUUUCAGCCAAAGAUUUUCAGCCAAACAAAAAUCUUCAUGAAUGGUCGCUAAAUAAAAAAGUAGACAAAAAGAGGGAAAUGUUCCUAAGUUCAAAACCUUCAAACAUGUCUUUAUGUGUCGUAGGUUGUUUCGGUGCACAUGCAAGUAGAGAAUCAAAGGAAUAUAGGCACCAUUAAACUUUUUAAGAUGGACUUCUUUUUUGAAAAUAGCAUGAAAUUUACAGAAUUGAUUUUUACGUUUUAGAUGCACGUCAGGUGCAUAGUUAUGAGUGUGUACGUAAUUCUUUAGACCCUGUAAAUUAAUUAUGGUUGAUAUAGAUUAUUGCAAACAAACAAUAAUAUAAAAGUAACGCUACUACGCAGCACAGAAAAAAG